AUGCCAGCAUUCUGGGAUCAUAUCAACGGCCAGUGCAACAGAAAUAUUGUUAUUGCCCUGAGGAUUGGCGCUGAUGCUUUGCAUAUUGCCACCGAUUUACUCGUCACUGGAGUAUUUCUGAGGAUCUUCAUGUGUCUACAGAUGGCUUUGCGCCCUAAACUUGAAGUCGUCGGCAUCUUUCUCUGUCGCACCAUUUCGCAUAUGGAGGCCGUCAAUAUAUUGAUGUUCGGUGCCAUCGCGAGAUCUGCGGACAGGGGAAACCUUGUAUUUGCCUCCCCCGGCCAGAUCUUGUCCGGCCAGCAGGCUUAG